AUGCUUCGACGCACCGGUGGCUUUCUGGCCCUCUUCAGCAGCGCAGGCGGGUCGGCGCCGCGGUCGAAGAGGCCGUCCUCUGACGCCUACACGGACGCUGCGGCCGCGGAAUCAGCGGCGGCGGCUGGCGUGUAUCUGCCCUGGACAGCGCGACCGUGGGCGGUUACAUACCGCGUGCACUACUCACAGUGGAAGUUUGUGGAUACAGUGUUCGCGCACCUCGCCACUGUGGCACCAGCCGUGUUAAACGAUCGCGCCCAGGAGCAAGGCGUGCGUGACGUCUUGUGUGAGCUGGAGGAGCCUGUGGUAGCGCUGCGACGCCAGCAGGCACGGCAGGCGCGACGGCUAAAGAGGCAGGAGAAGGCAUUGGAUACGGAUGCAACAAGCUCUACCUCGCAGAUGCUGGCAUCCGCUGUACAGCACACGGCCACCACUGCUACAAUGUCUCCCUCCGCUACCCCAUCGAGCGACGUGACCGCCGAUGACGCAGCAGCAACGCAAACGUCGUCCACGCUGGAUUCACUGAUCAGCAAAUCCAAUACGUCAGCGGAAUACGAAGCAGUCGACAGCCACAUCGUGCUCCUCAAUGCUAACAAGAAGAUGAAGGACAGUCGGAAGAGCAGGAAGAUGAAGGACACUCGGAAGAGCAAGAAGGCCAUACAUGACUCUGUCGCCUCUGACGUCAUCAUCUACGAGCUGUAG